AUGGCCUCCUCGGCUCCGCUGGAGGCGGUCAUGCCUCCCGCCUGCGUCCGCAACGGCGCGGCCAACCCGGCCAAGACGCUCGCCUUCUCCAUAGAGAGAAUCAUGGCCAAGAGCUCGGAACCGCACCAGCCGCAACAGCAGCACCACAAAUCCGCCGCCGUCGCCGCCGCCUUCGAGGCGCGGCGCAGCGAGUCUCCGGGCAAGAAGCUGCUGAGCCUCUGCUCGCCCAUCCCGUGCGUGAUCGCGCCCAUGCAGCCUCUGCCCGGGUACGAGGCGCCCUCGCCCAAGGCGCUGCUCAACUACUCCGAGCUGUGGAAAAGUAGCUUGAGAAACUGCGGCUCGGCUCUGGCGGGCGGCGCAGCUUCGACGGCCGGCGGCUUCUGCAAAGGCGGCUGCGGCAUGUGCUGCAAGGGGGACCUCCACCAUCACUACCACCAUCACCACCACCACAACAGCAGCAGCAGCAGCACCCUGGGCCAGGCCUCCUUGCCCGCCACGACCCGCGUGAUCAAGCCGCAGGUGAUCAACCAGGCGCUGGCCAUGCCGGCCAACGGAUCUAGCCUCUACUACUUCAACUACCUGGAUUCCUCGCCGUACCACCCGUCGGAGAUCCUCCACGGGCAGCUCUUCACUUCCAGCCUGCUCCAUUCCCAAAGCUCCGCCGCCGCCGCCGCCCUCUCGGCUCACCAGAAACUCUUCCUGUUGGAUAAUGCCAAGCUGGCUUCCUUGGCCCCGUCGGAGAAGUUCCCCAACGCGCAAUACCCGCACAAGGAGCGCCUCCCCGGGCAGCUAGACCAAGUGAUGAAGGAGAACACGGGCCUGGCCGGGGAAAGGAACGGCGCCAAGGGACAUCACCACGGCAAACCGGGCGUCGGUAGCGGCGUCGCAGGCGCUGGAGGGGGCGGCGCAGCCGACGGGAAGCCCAAGAACUUUACCUGUGAGGUGUGCGGCAAGGUGUUCAACGCCCAUUAUAACCUCACCCGCCACAUGCCGGUGCACACGGGAGCCCGGCCCUUCGUGUGCAAAGUCUGCGGCAAGGGCUUCCGCCAAGCCAGCACUCUCUGCAGACACAAAAUCAUCCACACGCAGGAAAAACCCCACAAGUGCAACCAGUGCGGGAAAGCGUUCAACAGAAGUUCCACGUUAAACACUCACAUUAGGAUCCACGCUGGCUACAAACCUUUUGUGUGUGAAUUUUGUGGCAAAGGAUUUCAUCAAAAAGGGAAUUAUAAAAACCACAAGCUGACCCACAGCGGCGAGAAGCAGUACAAGUGCACCAUCUGCAACAAAGCUUUCCACCAGAUCUACAACCUGACCUUCCACAUGCACACGCACAACGACAAGAAGCCUUUCACCUGCGGCACCUGCGGCAAGGGCUUCUGCAGGAACUUUGAUUUGAAGAAGCACGUGAGGAAACUGCACGACACAGCCGCAGCCGCCGCCGCCGCCGCAGCCGCGCCUUGCGGGAAAGAACUUCCUAGGACCGUGCAAAGCUAAAACACACCCACACCCACAAAACAACAACAAC